GUAUGCAAAUCUGUCUAUUAAUAAACACAGUUGUAAUAUUCUUGUAUAUAUAAACUGCCUCUCUAUGUCGUUAGCUGUAUAUUAUACUUAGAGGGAGAAACAUGGAGAAUAAUAACGGAGAGCAAGAGGCCGGAAAAUUUGAACAACAAAAUGAAGAACUUGGAGUUAAGAAGCAAUUUGACAUGCAAAUGAUAUUAAGUAGGAUAAAAGAUGCGAUUAUAAAGUUCUACCGUGUUUGUAAAUCCAUUGGUGGAUUAAUUAUAUUGUUAGUUAUAUACAGUAUCUUAGGUGCAUUACUAUUCCAAAGUAUUGAAUCGGAAAAUGAAUUAGAAGUGAAGCAAGAUAUGAAAGAAACCAGAGAAAAUUAUAUUAAAUUUUUUUACUCGGAAGCAAAAAACUUCUGGGUGAAUUAUUCUACAUACAAUGACACGUGGUUUAAUGAAACAAGAAAGUUAUUAAUUAAAUAUGAAGCAGAGGUUCGCAGUCGUGGAACAGUUGCUGGUCCAGACACUGUGUGGACUUUCUGGAGCGCCUUGUUCUUCUGUGGGACUAUUUAUACAACUAUUGGUUAUGGAAACAUAGUGCCGCUUACUGGAAUCGGCAAAUUUAUAGCCAUGGUUUAUGCUGUAUUAGGCAUACCCCUUGCUUUGCUAGUUUUGGCAGAAGUUGGUAGACGUUUUACUGUUCUUCUUAAAUGGAUGUAUGCACGUGCACGUCGAUAUUACUACACUGGAACCUUCCGCAAAAAAGUAAUUAAACAAGUCCGAAGUCGCCUGAGCAGUCGAAAAAGUAAACAAAGCGUUCAGAAUGCAGAAAAUGGAACAUGUAGUAACGAAAUAGACCCAACUACAAAGAAAAGAAGUAAAAGCGAGGAGUCGAUUGUAUUUGUUAAAAAACAAUCUGGAUUAGGUCCGUCUCCAAAUUCGAGUUUGAAAUCAAAAACCGGAAGUGAAGAUUCCUUAGAAGAAUCACCUGAAGUCCAGUCGACUUUGUCUUCAACUGAUCGCGUUAAAGUUAUGUAUGAUAUAGAGAUUGAUGACUCUUUCAACUUGCCAAUAUCAAUUGCUUGCAUAAUAUUACUGAUUUAUAUUUUUCUUGGUGCUAUCAUGUAUAAAUUUUGGGAAUCAUGGGAUUUCUUGGAUUGCAUAUACUUCGUGUUUAUAUCUAUAAGUACUAUUGGAUUUGGGGAUGUAACACCUGCGCAUCCGAAAUAUUUCCUCAUCUCCGCAAUAUAUUUAUUCAUGGGUCUUUCCUUGGUUUCCAUGUGCGUUAAUGUUGGAAUCGAAUUCUUCACUGUACAAAUAGACAAAGCGAAAGGUCAUAUGAAUAAAGCUAAAGAACGAGUUGUUGAGGCGGGAAAAGAAAAAAUGGCCUCUGUCGGCAAAGAAAUGAAUAAAGCAAAAGACAAAGUGUCAAAAGCAGGGACCAGUGCAAAGGAUAAGAUAUCAGAAGUAAAGAAAAACAUUGAAAUAAAUAUUCAAAAUGAAUUAAAAAGGGCAAAAAAACAUUCUUUAGAUUCGUCUGAGAGUAGAUCAAAAGAGAACACACCAAAGCCAUAGUUAUUCCAAAUGUUACAAAUGACUUCUGCUACAAGUGACGCAAAAACUGUUCGAUAUUUCCAUAUACAAUUUCAUGUUUUGUUUUUGUCCCCUGAUUUAAGUCUCUACUACAUUCCGUCCACUUUUGAGACUGUUUUCAGUAUGAAUGUUCAGUUGUCAAAUUGUUUUCCGUGUGAUUUCAUCAAAGUGGAAGAUUACACAACAAAUAGUGCUUUAAUGAAGCGAAAGCACUGUGUGACGUUACAUAAACACAGCUCUCGACGUAAUUACAAUUGGUACAACAACCUUCUUGCCAUCUGUCUAAAAUUGUUUUUCAAAUCAUCAUUAAGCAGAUGUAUUUAGCGUUAGUGUUAGCUUUCUACCUCUUCAUUUUUUUGUAAAUAAAAUGUAAAAUACAGAAAACAUGUGCGAAUAUUCUUUGUGGGGUUGAUUCCCAGAGAUUAAAACCCAGUUUGUUGUAGGUAAAUGUGAAAUGCUGAUUGUUGUUAUGCUUAUAAUUUUGGAAAGAACUCAACAUUUUUAAAACUAUGUCAUUCGAAACAAAAAUAGUUCGCCACUCGAAAUACAAAUUAUAUCAUAGUUCUUUCAAAAUACAACAGAUGUAUAUUGUUGGCAUUCUUCACACCCCUGAAAUAUUUGAAAAGCAAAAGCUUAUUAAAAAAAGUGGAGAGCUUAUAAACCAAAAAGGACACAAACGUAUAGCCAAAAUCGGGCAAGGAAUCAGAGCUUUGCAUGAGGGUGAUAUAUUCCAAAAUCGAGACUUUGCAUGAGGGGGAUAUAUUCCAAAAUCGGGAAUUUGCAUGAGGGUGAUAUAUUCCAAAAUCUGGAAAGGAAUCAGAGCUUUGCAUGAGGGAGAUAUAUUCCUUAAUUUAAAAUAUGUAUAUUUAUUUAUAUUCCAAGUUGUACCAAAUAACAAAUAAAAAGCCUUUUAUUUGUUGAUAUAAUAUCUCAUUCCGUGAAACCCGUCUAAAUUAUACUAAAUAAGAUAUUGUUUGCCAAACAUAUUUUUUGUUUUAAUGUGUAGUUUUUUUGGCUCCGUGUUCAAGGCUUCACCGUUACUUUGAGAUGAAGAACAACAAUAAAAGCGCUUUUCCUUUG